UUUGCCAACCCUACGUGUAUUUUCGUCGUUGUACCGGUAGCUCGUUACAAAGGAGACAUCGCUCUAAUGGCAUGCCAUCGCGACUCGCGUGACUUGCCAUUUGCUUGCCUCUGCCUUUUACCCACAGCGGUUUAUUCAAUAACAAUCCGACCACCGCAGGAUACACUACCCUUUAGCGAAUGAAAGUUACAUAAUCUUCAGCAUGGACCAAGCCGGUCCUUCGACGUCUAACCAGGACCCUCGGUUCGAUUUCAUAGGGUCCUACGCUGUAAAGUCUUUGAAACUAAAGCCAGAGAAAUGGACGCGCGUGUUGGGAAUAGAGGAGCAUCGGUCCACUUUGAAGGACUUUGUGGACAAGCCAAUGCCGAUACUGUUGGUGGUGGUGUUGACCCACGCCGCCCAGCUGGUGCCAGUCGUAUCGUUUCCCUGUUACCUGAAGAAUAAAGCUGUUUACUUUGUGAAGAAGCGCGCUGAUGUUAUCCCGAAGGAAAAUUGUUCUGACUUUGUAAUCUUUGGUGAUCUAGCGCCAAGGCUCAUAGAUGAGUUGGCGGCAUUAGUAGAUGAAGUUUUCGUGCCCUUACUGUCGAAUCCGUUAAACCACGAAGGAUGGCCGCUCGUGGUCUCCCAGGAUAUUCUGAAACAGAUACACAGCCUCAAAAGUACCGUGUAUGAGGUAAAAGGCAAAGUAAACGGUCAAACGGUCCUACCAAUGCCGGUAGGCGUAGAGCUGGUAUACGAAGCUGAAAAGGAGUUACUUCGUGGUGAAGAGGUGGACUUAUACCUGAAGAGCGCCAUCGAGGGUGUGGUCAUCAAGUGGGCCCAGCAGAUCAAUGACGUCAUGAUGGACGACUCGGCGGAAGCCUUCGAGAAUGGACAGAAUCCAUUGCCUACUGUUGAGAUAGCCUUCUGGAAAUCUAGACUAAGUAAUCUAAACUACAUUUAUGAUCAACUCCGGAGCGAUAGAGUUCGCUGCAUGGCAGUUAUACUGGAGAAGACUAAUUCAGCUUACUACCCUUGCUUCAGUCGGCUCUUCAAGAAUAUUGUGUCUGCGUUAGCCGAAGCGCAAGAAAUCGACCUUUAUCUUAGGACGCUAGUCAAACAUUUUCAGGCGUUAGAAGAUACAGACUUUACAGAAUGUCAGCCGCUUUUCCGACCACUGUUUCACGUUAUUUGCAUGGUGUGGAGGGAUUCCAAGUAUUACUGUAGCUCCUCAAAACUGAUGGUUUUGUUGAAGCAGAUAUGUAAUCUGCUGAUUUAUCAGGCUAAAAAAUGUUUAGAUCCAAGCACCUUGUUUCAUAGUGAUAUUGAUGAAGCUACGCAAAGAAUACAAGUUACCAUCAACAUUAUAAAAAGAUUCAGAACCACUUUUGACUUUUUCAAAGAAAACCUUAGCAAGUAUUUUGAGGGAAGACUCAUUAUACCUUGGACUUUCCACCCUAACGCAGUUUUUGAGAGAAUGAAUAAUUUUUCCGCCCGGCUCAAUACAAUACAGUGGUUUUUCAAAACAGUUCUAGAGUUCCAAAAGCUGGAAAAGAUAGAGAUCGGUGGCAUGAAAGGCAGAGUCUUGAGUGGACAAAUUAGAGACAUUUCUGCAGAAUUCGAAGGGUAUUUUCAUGCGUUUGCUUCCAAAUCUUAUGAUGUCUUAGAUCCUGAUGAUGACAGAUUCAAUGAUGAUUUCAAAGAGUUUCAGGAUAACAUUGUUGAUUUAGACUUGAAGCUUUCAACAGUUUUGGUAGAGUCGUUCGAUAAUGCAUCAACAUUAGAAGCCAUUUUCAAGUUAAUCGAAAUAGUGGGAUCAGUUCUAGAGCGACCUCUGAUCAAAAACGAAUUCACUGCAAAAUACGUCGAAAUAAUCAACAUGCUGGACCAGGAAAUUGCAAUAUGUGAAGAAUUAUUUCGAGAGCAAUCGCACCGGUUGGAAAAAUAUGGCCAUAUGGAAGUGGACGCGUACUUGAACCCAGUGGCCGGCGGGCUGCUGUACAUGACGACCCUGGCCGCCAGGAUCACCAAGCCGAUAGUCAGCUUUCGCAAUUUGCCGCACCCGAUCAAAGAUACGGAUGAGGCGAAGAAAAUCUUUACGAGGUACGAUAAUUUGAUUGAGGAAAUAGACGCGUUCAAAAAGAAGUAUUUCAACGAUUGGACCGUUAAUGUUCCGAAAUUGAUCGAUGAAAAUACAAACAAAAUGAUUUUAUCUCGACAAGGUGGAGAUUUGGUUCUGAAUUUCAGUCCAACGCUGCUAGACAUUAUGAAAGAAGUCCGCCAUCUAAAAACAAACCCUGAUGUCGAGAAUUCGUUAUCAGGAGAAAGUUUACAACUGUACGAUAAAUAUGAAACAUAUCGUCAGUAUAGAAUCAACCUGGGUAUUACUAUUGAUUGGUACAACCAAAUCAGACGAGAUAGCCAGAAAGUGGAGUUUGAUCUCGUAGAAGAUGAAAUAAAAGCUAUAGACCAAAGAAUUGAGAUGGCUCAGCAUGAAUUAAAUUGGAAUUCUCAAGACUUGUGGAACUAUCUCCAAGAGCUUCAUAAAUUGGUCGGCAACCUCUAUGACAGAAUGUCUAAAAUUCAGGAUAAUCUGAAAGAAAUGAAGUCUGACUUGACUGUAUGGUCUAGCCUUCCUUUGUUCGAACGAAAAGAAGGUAAAAAGGAAACAUUACUAAAUUUAGACGAAAGACAAGAUAGAACAACUAAACGUUAUGGAGAUAUUCAAGCUACUGCAGCUCGUAUCAAAGAACUAUUGAAUGAGAACAUGCAACUUUUCAAUAUGCAAGACAAUCAGGACAGCGAGAUAUGGAUCAACUAUGUUGCAUUUAUCGAUAAGAUGAUUGAAGAAGCUUUGUUUAAGUGUAUUGCUUGCAGUUUGGGUUACAUUUGUGAACACAUGGACCCCAAAAAUAAAUUAGCUCCUCUUUUCCAAGCCCAAUUGGAAUUAUUAGAACCAGACAUGGUGUUUGCACCAAGCCUAGAUCCAACUGAUGAGAAAGGUUUCAUGGCCAUGGUCAAAAGUUUGAUCAACGAUGUAGUAAAGAUGUCUUCAUUGGUUGAAAGAAUUAAUCCUCGAGAAAAAGACUCUUACGAGACGCAGAUAGUUCGAAGUGAAGACAUAAAUGACAUGAAAGAAGAUAUUCUUAACGGGAUUGAUAGAGUUAUAGAAGAUGCAAAUGACUUCUGUAAAACAUUUGAGAACUAUGCUUACCUUUGGCUAGAAGAACGUGACGUUAUUAUGGAAAUGUUUCUUACAUACGGUAGGAUCUUAACUCCGGAUGAAAUCGAUAAGAUUGGCACGGAUGAUAAAGAUUAUCAAGGACCUCAGCCGAACACUCCAAAGAUGGAAGCUUUUAGGGAACAAAUCGACCAUUAUGAAAACCUUUUCAUGGAUAUUGAAGAGAUGGAGCCUUUCAAAAUAUUUAAUUGCUGGUUUCAAGUGGACGUCAGACCAUUUCGUCAAGCUUUACUGAAUACUGUGAGGAAAUGGGGCAACAUGUAUAAGGAGCAUUUGGUCAACAACGUCACGUCUAGUCUCACUGACCUCGGCAACUUUAUUAGGAUGGCUGACGAAGGGUUACUUCAGCCAGUGCCUGAAGGUGACUACGAGGCCCUAGUGACGGUGAUGGGAUAUCUGAUGCACGUCAAGGAUAGAGCAGUAACAACUGAUGAUAUGUUCCAACCUCUCACAGAGACCAUUGAAUUGUUGAAGUUUUAUGACAUGGAUAUACCGGAAGAGGUUAAUGUACUUUUGCAGGAAUUACCGGAGCAAUGGCAAGCUACAAAGAAACUAGCUCUGACGGUAAAGCAGCAGGUGGCUCCAUUGCAAGCGGCUGAAGUAUCUUGUAUCAGGAAAAAGAUUGCCAUUUUCGAUUCUCAUAUCAUUUACUACCGAGAAGUAUUUAAACGAUAUGAUUUCUUCAAAUAUGAUUGUGAAGAUCCUUACGCUCUAAUGUCCAGAGUUGACUUUGAGCUGACGCAUCUUGAGGAUGAAAUGAAGGGAAUACAAGAAUCCGGUUCCUUAUUCGAAGUUAACAUUCCAGAAUUUAAGUUACUGAAGCAGUGCAGAAAAGAACUAAGAAUGUUAAAGCAACUUUGGGAUUAUGUAUGCAUAGUCAGAACUAGCAUUGAGGAUUGGAAGACGACGCCAUGGAGGAAAAUUGAUGUAGAAAACAUGGACAUUGAAUGUAAGAAAUUCGCAAAAGAAAUCCGUCUUUUAGAUAAAGAAAUGAGAAGUUGGGAUACUUACACCAACUUGGAAGCAACAGUAAAAAACAUGUUAACUUCGCUAAGAGCUGUUGGUGAACUACAAAAUCCUGCUAUACGGGAACGGCAUUGGGAUCAGCUAAUGAGAAGUACUAAGAGCUUAGCCGCAUUGCCACCAGAGCUCACUGUAAGAAUCGUUAUGGAUGCGAAUACCACCCUAGCAGACUUACUAGCUUUAAACCUGCACGAGUGUGAAGAAGAAGUCAAGAACAUUGUGGAUAAGGCCGUCAAGGAAAUGUCCAUGGAGAAGACUCUAAAAGACUUGGACAACACUUGGAGUGGGAUGGAGUUUGAACAAGACGUUCAUCCAAGAACCCAAUGCAUUCUGUUGAGAGCCAGUGAAGAGCUGAUUGAGACCCUGGAAGAGAACCAGGUCCAACUCCAAAAUUUAAUAACAUCGAAGUUCAUAGCGCACUUCUUGGAAGAAGUUUCUGGUUGGCAAGAAAAACUAUCUGUGGCUGAUCAAGUUAUAUCACUGUGGUUUGAGGUGCAAAGAACUUGGACUCAUUUAGAAAGUAUCUUUAUGAGUUCUGAAGAUAUAAGAAAGCAGCUUCCUGAUGAUUCAGCUAGAUUUGACAGAAUUGAUGCUGAAUUCAAGAUCCUUUCCAAGGAAAUGUCGAAAACACCGAAUGUAGUGAAAGCCACAAACAAAGAGGGCUUGGUGGAAAACCUUGAUGGUCUACAAAAAGACCUGAUCAUUUGCGAAAAAGCUUUAGCUGAAUAUUUGGAAACCAAGAGAUUAGCUUUCCCCAGAUUUUACUUUGUAUCGUCUGCUGAUCUGCUGGAUAUUUUGUCUAAUGGUAACCAAGCUGAAUUGGUUAUUAGGCAUCUCACAAAACUAUUUGAUUCUAUAGCAAAAUUGAAAUUUAUUGAAUCUGAUAAUCCGGCUGAGAAAGUAGCGUCCGGUAUGAUAGCAAAAGAUGGUGAAUUAGUGCCAUUUCAUGGUACUUGUGAUUGCACUGGACCAGUAGAGAUCUGGUUAAAUAGACUCCAAGACAUAAUGCGUUCGACAAUACGUCAUUACUUUGGAGAAGCUAUCGUAACAUAUGAAGAGAAGCCUCGCGACCAAUGGCUCUUCGACUUCAUGGCCCAAGUCUCCCUUUGUGGCACUCAGAUCUGGUGGACCACUGAAGUUAAUAUAGCUUUUGCCAGACUAGAAGAAGGCUAUGAUAAUGCUUUAAAGGACUACUACAAAAAACAAGUUGCUCAGCUCAGCACCUUGAUUACUCUUCUGAUUGGAGAGCUUAGUAAGCAAGACCGACAGAAAAUUAUGACAAUCUGUACCAUAGAUGUGCAUUCAAGAGAUGUUGUGAGCAAGAUGAUACAAGCGAAGGUUGAAGCUGGAUCAGCGUUCCAGUGGCAAUCGCAACUGAGACACAGAUGGGACGAGAAAGAAUACCAUUGCUUUGCCAACAUUUGUGACGCUCAAUUCAUAUACAGCUAUGAAUACUUGGGUAAUACUCCUCGCUUGGUAAUCACUCCUUUGACUGAUCGUUGCUACAUUACAUUGACUCAGUCUCUUCAUCUCAUCAUGGGUGGAGGCCCAGCGGGCCCGGCUGGUACUGGCAAAACUGAAACCACAAAAGAUUUGGGCAGAGCAUUAGGUAUUAUGGUCUAUGUGUUCAACUGUUCGGAACAGAUGGACUAUCAGUCUUGUGGUAACAUUUAUAAAGGAUUGGCGCAAACUGGGGCUUGGGGAUGUUUUGAUGAGUUCAAUAGGAUAUCAGUGGAAGUAUUGUCUGUAGUUGCUGUACAAGUUAAAUCAGUCCAAGACGCUAUACGGGAUAAAAAAGAGAGAUUCAAUUUCAUGGGAGAAAUUAUAGCUCUAGUCCCUUCAGUUGGAAUAUUUAUUACAAUGAACCCUGGUUAUGCUGGCAGAACUGAACUUCCAGAGAAUUUGAAGGCUCUUUUCCGUCCAUGCGCUAUGGUGGUUCCUGAUUUCGAACUCAUCUGUGAAAUCAUGUUGGUGGCUGAAGGGUUUCAGGAAGCCAGAAUUCUUGCAAGGAAGUUCAUUACUUUGUAUACGUUGUGUAAAGAGUUGCUGUCAAAACAAGACCAUUAUGAUUGGGGUCUAAGAGCUAUUAAGUCUGUUUUGGUAGUAGCUGGUUCUUUGAAGCGUGGUGACCCUGGAAGACCAGAAGAAGAAGUGCUUAUGAGAGCUUUACGAGACUUCAAUAUUCCCAAAAUAGUGACAGAUGAUAUGCCAGUGUUUAUGGGUCUUAUUGGUGACCUAUUCCCAGCUCUGGAAGUCCCUCGAAAGCGGGACUUGGAGUUUGAAAGAACUGUCAAACAAGCUGCAAUGGACUUGUCACUCCAACCAGAGGACAACUUCAUUCUUAAAGUAGUUCAGCUUGAAGAGCUACUUGAAGUUAGACAUUCAAUCUUUAUUGUUGGUAAUGCAGGUACCGGCAAGACACAAGUGUGGAAAACCUUAUUCAAGACAUAUCAAAAUUUACGAAAGAAACCAAUGUUUAAUGAUCUUAAUCCUAAAGCAGUGACCAACGAUGAAUUAUUUGGCAUCAUCAAUCCAGCAACCAGAGAGUGGAAAGAUGGGCUAUUCUCAGUUAUUAUGAGGGAUCAAGCAAAUUUAGUUGGGGAAAAUCCGAAAUGGAUAGUCUUAGACGGUGACAUAGAUCCUAUGUGGAUUGAAUCUUUAAACACAGUGAUGGAUGAUAAUAAAAUCUUAACACUUGCAAGCAAUGAGAGGAUAGCAUUGACUCCAACUAUGCGACUGAUGUUCGAGAUUUCUAACCUUAGAACUGCUACACCUGCUACAGUUUCUCGUGCUGGAAUUUUGUAUAUCAAUCCUCAAGAUUUGGGAUGGAAUCCAUACGUUACGAGCUGGGUAGAGACAAGGAAGAUACCAUCUGAAAAAUCAAACCUAGUGAUGCUAUUCGAUAAAUACAUUCCGCAAUGUCUCGAAACUGUCAGAACGAGGUUCAAAAAGAUCACGCCGAUAGCGGAAAUGGCCCAUGUCCAGAUGCUAUGCCAUUUGUUGCACUGCCUUUUUGUACCGGAGAAUACUCCAGCAGAUUGUCCUAAAGAAUGGCACGAUAUCUACUUUGCCUUUGCAUGUGUUUGGGCGUUCGGGUCAGCCAUGUUUCAAGAUACAGCUGUAGAUUACAGAGUUGAAUUCACUAAAUGGUGGGUAAAUGAGUUCAAGUACGUGAAGUUUCCAACCGGAGGAACAGUAUUCGAUUAUUACAUCGAUCCUGAAACCAAACAGUUUGUACCUUGGACCGAAAAGGUACCAAAAUUCGAACUCGAUCCAGAUAUACCUUUGCAGGCUGUUUUGGUACCAACAGCGGAGACCAUCAGAAUACGAUACUUUUUAGACCUAUUGAUGAAAAACAAACAUCCAGUCAUGUUAGUAGGAGGUGCAGGAUGUGGCAAAACUGUUCUGGUCAAUGAAAAACUGCAGACACUUCCCGAAAACUACGCUGUGCAGUCAGUGCCUUUCAACUUUUACACAUCAUCAGAAAUGCUGCAAAAAGUUUUAGAGAAGCCUUUGGAGAAGAAAGCUGGUAGAAACUACGGUCCUCCUGGCAGCAAAACCCUUAUCUACUUCAUUGACGAUAUGAACAUGCCUGAAGUAGAUGCUUAUGGCACUGUCCAACCACACACUAUCAUUAGGCAGCAUAUGGACUACAAUCAUUGGUAUGACCGUACCAAACUGUCCCUCAAAGACAUACAUAAUACGCAAUAUGUAUCCUGUAUGAACCCAACUUCGGGAAGUUUUACAAUAAAUCCAAGACUACAAAGACAUUUUUGCGUGUUUGCAAUAAGCUUUCCUAAUUCAGAUGCUUUGACGAAUAUCUAUCAUUCGAUAUUGAGUCAGCAUGUUACUAAUCCGGAGUUGAAGAUUAAUCCUCAUGUUAUUAAAUUAGCAGAUAAUGUUGUGGUAGCAUCAAUAGCGCUACACAACAAAGUAUCGCAAGUUUUUCUACCAACUGCCAUAAAGUUUCACUACAUCUUCAAUUUGCGGGACCUUUCUAACAUCUUUCAAGGUCUCCUUUUCAGUACAAAUGAGUGUCUAGAGAAUCCAUCAGACCUGAUACGUCUAUGGCUUCAUGAGACUCAUAGAGUGUACGGAGACAAAUUGACGGAAGACAAAGAUAUUGAUGCAUUCCUGAAAAUGCAGGUUGAUCUUUGUAAAAAGAACUUUGAAGAUAUCGACGAAGGAACAGUAUUUGAGCGUCCAAACAUCUUCUGUCACUUCGCCGGUGGUAUCGGGGAACCUAAAUACAUGCCUAUUCUGUCCUGGGAACAACUUAACAAAUUAUUAACCGAGGCCAUGGCAAGUUACAACGAUCUCAUUGCAGCUAUGAAUUUGGUGCUUUUUGAAGACGCCAUGAUGCAUAUUUGCAGAAUAAACCGUAUCCUAGAAAGUCCCAGAGGCAGUGCUUUGCUUGUCGGUGUAGGAGGUUCUGGAAAACAAUCAUUGUCUCGUCUUGCUGCUUUUAUAUCAAGUUUAGAAGUGUUGCAGAUACAGUUGAAGAAGGGAUAUGGUGUCACAGACUUAAAGAAAGAACUGUCCGGACUCUACAUCAAGACUGGUCUGAAGAAUGUUGGAAUCAUGUUCCUGAUGACAGAUGCUCAGGUGGCCAAUGAACAGUUCUUGGUGCUUAUCAACGAUUUGCUAGCAUCUGGAGAGGUGUCAGAUCUCUUCCCUGAUGACGAAAUUGAACAAAUUAUUGCUGGUGUGAGGAAUGAGGUAAAAGGCGCUGGCCUGCCAGAUACUCGUGAAAUCUGCUGGAAGUUCUUCAUAGACCGUGUGAGGAAACAGUUGAAGGUCGUCCUCUGUUUCUCACCCGUUGGAUCAACUCUUCGCGUCAGGUCCAGAAAGUUCCCAGCCUUGAUCAACUGCACUUCCAUCAAUUGGUUCCACGAAUGGCCACAAGAGGCUCUGGUUUCUGUAUCUAUGAGAUUCUUAGAAGAGUUGCUGGUUCUACCUAUUUCGCUUCGUGAUUCAGUAUCGAGAUUCAUGGCGUAUGUUCACACGUCAGUGAAUACAAUAUCUAAAGCGUACUUGUCUAAUGAAAGGAGAUACAACUACACUACGCCAAAAAGUUACUUGGAACAGAUUAGUUUGUAUUCCAAACUUGUGAGGAAUAAAACUGAUGAGCUACAGGCUAAGAUUGUUAGGUUGGAAAAUGGUCUGGAAAAGCUUCGCAGUACAGCUUGCCAAGUAGAUGAGCUGAAAGCAAAGUUAGCAGUUCAAGAAAUAGAGUUGCAGCAGAAGAACGAAGCUGCGGAUAAACUUAUUGAGAGAGUUGGAGUCGAGACUGCUAAGGUGCAGAGCGAAAAAGCUCUAGCCGACGAGGAAGAAGAAAAAGUAGCAGUGAUAGCCGAGGAAGUAUCUAAAAAGCAGCAUGACUGCGAAGAAGAUUUAAUAAAAGCGGAACCGGCAUUGGUUGCCGCACAAGAUGCCUUGAACACUCUGAACAAAGCUAACUUGACUGAGCUGAAGUCUUUCGGAUCCCCUCCUGGAGCUGUGACUAAUGUUACCGCAGCUGUCAUGGUGCUAUUGGCGCCAGGCGGUAAGAUACCAAAGGACCGGAGCUGGAAAUCUGCUAAGAUGAUGAUGGCCAAAGUAGACGUGUUUCUGGAAACUCUAAUUAACUAUGACAAAGAAAACAUACAUCCUGAUGUCAUCAAAGCCAUACAACCGUAUCUGAAGGAUGCUGAGUUUGAACCAGAGUUCAUAAGGUCGAAAUCCGGAGCUGCCGCAGGUCUUUGCGCUUGGGUUAUCAACAUUAUAAAGUUUUUUGAAGUAUUUUGCGACGUCGAGCCGAAAAGAAAGGCUUUGGCUGCAGCAAACGCAGAAUUAGCUGCUGCUACAGAAAAACUCAAGUCUAUCAAGUCUAAAGUUGCUUCUCUAGAAGAGCAACUAGCAACGUUGACUGCAGACUUCGAGAAGGCGACAGCUGAGAAACUGAAAUGUCAACAAGAAGCCGAUGCGACUAACAGAACCAUUCAGCUGGCCAAUCGUCUCGUCAACGGACUGGCCAGUGAAAACGUUCGGUGGGCUGAGGCCGUUUCUAAUUUUAUGCAACAAAAUACAACUCUACCGGGAGAUGUUCUGCUAGUUUGCGCGUUCAUAUCAUACGUUGGGUGCUUCACGAAACAAUAUAGAUUGGAUCUGUUACAUAAAAAUUGGCUGGUUUUCAUGAAAACUCUCGAGCCACCAAUUCCCAUAACAGAGGGGUUGGAUCCUCUAAACAUGCUGACAGAUGACACGACGAUAGCGGUGUGGCAGAACGAAGGGCUACCGUCAGAUAGGAUGAGCACGGAGAACGCUACUAUACUGUCUAAUUCUGAUCGAUGGCCGCUCAUGAUCGACCCUCAGCUCCAAGGUGUAAAAUGGAUCAAACAAAAGUACGGAGACGCCUUGCAAGUAAUUCGUCUCGGUCAAAAAGGCUAUCUAGAAUCUAUAGAAAAGGCUAUCAUAAAAGGAGAAACUGUAUUGUUUGAGAAUAUUGGGGAAACCGUCGAUCCUGUACUUGAUCCUUUAUUGGGAAGAAAUCUCAUUAAAAAGGGGAAGGCUAUAAAGAUAGGUGACAAAGAAAUAGAAUACAACACGAACUUCAGGCUAAUACUCCACACGAAGUUAGCGAAUCCACAUUACAAGCCCGAAAUGCAAGCUCAAACUACCCUGGUUAACUUUACCGUUACCAGGGAUGGCUUGGAAGACCAACUAUUAGCUGAAGUAGUCAAGGCAGAAAGACCAGAUUUAGAAGAGCUAAAAGCGGAGUUAACAAAACAGCAAAACCAGUUUAAAAUCCAACUUAAGGGGUUAGAAGAUGAUCUCCUUUCAAGACUUUCGUCGGCUGGUGAAAAUAUUCUCGGUGAUACCGCUUUAGUUGAGAAUUUGGAGACUACGAAGAAAACUGCUGCUGAUAUUGAAAGAAAGGUGGCAGAAGCUAAAAUAACAUCACAGAAGAUAGAUUUAGCCCGUGAAUUCUAUCGGCCCGCAGCCGCCAGAGCGUCAUUGCUCUACUUCAUCCUGAACGACUUGAAUACUAUCAACCCUAUUUACCAAUUUUCCCUCAAGGCUUUCAGUGUAGUUUUCCAAAAGGCGAUAUCCAGAGCCGAACCAGCUGAGGAAGUCAGCCAAAGAAUAAAAAACCUUAUUGAUUGCAUUAGUUAUUCAGUAUUUCAAUACACUUCGAGAGGUCUCUUUGAGUGUGAUAAGCUGAUUUUUGCUUCUCAAAUGACAUUCCAGGUGUUACUAAUGAACGAAGAGAUAUCCCCUGUAGAACUAGAUUUCUUCCUGCGUUUCCCGAUCAAGCCGCACGUGACCAGUCCCGUAGACUUUCUGUCUAACCCCAGUUGGGGUGGCAUCUGUUCCCUAGCCACUAAGGACGAGUUUAGAAAUCUAGACAGGGAUAUAGAGACGUCGCAAAAGAGAUGGAAGAAGAUUGUGGAGAUGGACUGUCCGGAACGGGAGAAGUUUCCUCAGGAAUGGAAGAACAAAACAGCAAUUCAAAGACUCUGCAUGUUGAGAGCUUUGAGACCUGAUAGAAUGACAUACGCUGUAGCAGCUUUCAUCGAAGAAAAAAUGGGUGGAAAAUACGUGGAAAACCGCACGGUAGAGUUUAGCAAGUCAUUCGAGGAAACCAGUUCGUCUACUCCAAUAUUCUUCAUUCUAUCCCCUGGAGUGAAUCCUCUGAAAGACGUGGAGGCUCUAGGCAAGGUCAUGGGCUUUACAGCUGAUAAUGGGAACUUUCACAACGUGUCGCUUGGACAAGGACAGGAGGUUGUGGCUGAGGCAGCCAUGGACGAGGCAUUUGCGAAGGGGCAUUGGGUUGUACUGCAGAACAUCCAUUUAGUGAACCGAUGGCUGCCGAGCCUCGAGAAGAAGAUGGAGAGUUUCCAGACGGGCUGCCACCCAGACUUCCGUCUGUUCAUGUCGGCUGAGCCGGCCGCCACGCCCGCCGCGCACAUCAUACCGCAGGGCAUCCUGGAGUCUUCGAUCAAGAUUACCAAUGAACCGCCUACUGGGAUGCAGGCGAACAUCCACAAAGCCCUGGACAAUUUCAACCAGGAAACCCUGGAAAUGUGCGGCAAGGAAGCGGAGUUCAAAGCGAUACUGUUCGCUCUCUGCUACUUCCACGCCGUCGUGGCAGAAAGGAGGAAGUUUGGUCCUCAGGGAUGGAAUAAGAUCUACCCUUUUAAUGUUGGUGAUCUAACAAUCAGCGUAUUCGUCUUAUACAACUACUUGGAGGCGAACUCCAAGGUGCCGUGGGAGGACCUGCGCUAUCUGUUCGGAGAGAUCAUGUACGGAGGUCACAUCACCGAUGACUGGGACCGACGACUCUGCAAUGCCUAUUUGGAAGAGCUCAUGCAGCCGGAUCUUGUGGACGGAGAGCUCCAACUAGCCCCCGGCUUCUCCGCCCCUCCGAACACAGACUACGCGGGCUACCACCAGUACAUAGAGGACGCCAUGCCGGCCGAGUCGCCCUACCUCUACGGACUACACCCUAACGCUGAGAUCGGCUUCCUGACUACCACCUCGGAGAAUCUCUUUAGGACCAUCUUUGAGAUGCAGCCGAGGGAUGCACAGGCGUCUGGGGCUACUACUGUUACUAGGGAGGAUAAGGUGAAACAAAUGCUCGACGAGAUAAUGGAGAAGCUUCCAGAAGAAUUCAACAUGGCGGAGAUCAUGGGAAAGGUGGAGGAGCGCACGCCGUACGUCAUUGUGGCUUUCCAGGAGUGCGAGCGCAUGAACAACCUGACUGGAGAGAUGAAGAGGUCGCUGAGGGAACUGGACCUGGGGCUGAAGGGUGAAUUAACAAUAACAUCAGACAUGGAAGAACUGGAAAAUGCUUUGUUUUUGGAUCAAGUGCCGGCCAUCUGGACGCAAAGGGCGUAUCCAUCACUACUGGGCCUCUCCGCCUGGUUCGUGGACCUGCUGCUGAGACUUCGGGAGCUCGAGACUUGGGCCACUGACUUUGUUCUACCAUCAUCAGUGUGGCUAGCUGGGUUCUUCAACCCGCAGAGCCUGCUCACAGCGAUCAUGCAGAGCACGGCGCGCCGCUACGAGCUGCCGCUAGACAAGAUGUGUCUGCAGUGUGACGUCACCAAGAAACUCAAGGAAGAAUUCACGUCAGCGCCGAAAGAUGGCGCUUAUGUCCACGGGUUGCUAAUGGAAGGUGCGCGAUGGGACUGCCAGGCCGGCAUUAUAAUGGACUCUCGGCUAAAGGAGUUGUUUCCUCCGAUGCCCGUUAUCAAUGUCAGGGCAAUAACCCAAGACAAGCAGGACCUCCGCAACAUGUACGAGUGUCCAGUGUAUAAGACGCGAACCCGAGGACCCACCUACGUGUGGACCUUCAACCUGAAGACCAAGGACAAGCCCGCCAAGUGGACCCUGGCGGGCGUGGCGUUACUGCUGCAAGUGUAAAAUGGUGCUGUUGAGCUGGUGUUGGGUGGAGGAAAGAGUGUGGACCUUCAACCUGAAGACCAAGGACAAGCCCGCCAAGUGGACCCUGGCGGGGGUGGGGUUGCUGCUGCAAGUCUAAGCUGGAUGGAAGACUGAGGUUAGCUGGGUGGAGGUUUUGUGUUGCAGGUGGGUAGAUGCGACGCUGCG